AUGCCAACUAUUAAACAACUUCUUAGAAAUCCAAGACAGCCAAUUCGAAAUGUCAAGAAAUCCCCCGCCCUUGGGGGAUGUCCUCAGCGCCGAGGAACAUGUACUAGGGUUUUAUGGUUUCCAUUGGUGCAAAUCCAAUCACCUGAAUUUAAGAUGAGAAGCAAUUCUCCAUUGGUAGCAAAUGGUUAUCCAUUAAGCGGAGAAAAUCUUUUUGAAAUUCAAAAAAAUGAAGUUCGCACUCGGGCAAGAACGGACUACGAGGGUGGAUAUAUUGCUCGGAGACGUAGAACAAAAAUGCGUUCCAGUUUUCGGGGAGCCCGUUCAAGCCUUACUCGAACUAUUACUGAACAGAAAAUAAGAGCUUUGUUUUCAGCUCAUCGGGAUAGGGAUAAGCAAAAGGGAAAUUUUCGCCGGUUGUGGAUCGUCCGAAUAAACGCAGUAAUUCGAGAAGGAUGGGUAUUCUAUAAUUAUUGUAAAUUCAUACAUGAUCUAUACAAGAAACAGUUGCUUUUUAAUCGUAAAAUACUGGCUCAAAUAGCUAUAUCAAAUAGGAAUUGUCUUUAUAUGAUUUCCAACGAAAUCAGAAAAGAAGCAGGUUGGGAAGAAUACACCGGAAUAAUUUAA